AGUGGCCAAGAAGAAUAAAAAAAAAACAUCCAACCACCCCUUGCUCGGUAAAUGCGCGAGCAAAGAGAGGAAGAAAGAAAAAACGCGAGAAACGUCCAGAGAUACAUUACGAAAACAAGACCGGGCGCGUGAGUGGAUGUGCGUGUGUGUGUUUGUGGUGAGAAAUUUCACAACAAAGUAAGAAAAGACCGACAGAAGGUGUGCCAGCGGGUGUAGGAAAGAGGAAAGGGGAGAAAGAAAAAAAAAGCAAAAAGGAUAUCCUACCGGAAGAGUCCGGGCAAAACAUGAGUAUCCUUUAACUACGACCACACCGGCAGCAGACCAGACCAGACACGAACGAAGCAUCCGGGCGGGCAAGGAAGGAACGACAUCCCGCACGCGUGUCUGCCCCAAGCAAAGGCCCCCGCGAUGGCCGUUUCCUUUUGUGGCAAGCGACUGCUGCUAACGAGGACGAACCUGUUUGCGAACCCGCGGCGUCACGGGUACAUAGUGCUAGUGCCCGAGAUCGGGGAGGAUCUGCCGGAGAAAAACCCACUCUCCAGCGCGACCGGCCUGCCCGAGUUUAACAAUGUGACGAUCGAGAAGUGUGUCGGCGCGAUCGGGCAGCAGGCGAUCGCGGCGGAGAAGAGUGUGCGGGCGAUCGAGGAGCGGCUGGAGCAGGCGGCGGCCGGCACCGCCCCACCCGUGACGGACGUCAUCAAGGACAUCAUACUGCCGCUGGAGGCGACGGGCGCCCCGCUCGAGACGACCUGGGGCAUCGCGAAGACGCUCUACCUCGGCAACAGCUCGCGCAUGCCGACGAAAAGCUACCUGACGAUCCACGAGCGGGCCCGCGGUGCCCGGCGGGCCAAGUUCAACAGCGUGCCGAUCUACCGGACGCUCAAGGGGGCGCUCGCGGAGGGCCGCACCAAGCCGGACGGCGAGCUGGGCGGCGAGGAGCGCCGGCUGCUGCAGAAGUACGUGCUGGAGGCGAAGCUGAGCGGGAUCGAGGUGGACGGGUCGUCCAAGCUCGAGCUGAACGAGAUACUGGAGCGGCUGGCGCAGGAGCGCUCGCGGUUCGCCGGCAAGCGGGACGUGGCGGUGAAGAAGUACCAGCAGGUGAUCGAGGACCCGGCGCUGAUGAAGGAGUUCCCGCCGAACCUGCUGCAGUCGCUCGCGACCGACCCGAGCCAGGCGAUGAAGGGCCCGUGGCGGAUCACGCUGCAGCCGGCGGUCGCGGAACGCUUCCUGGAGUACUGCGGCGACCGGACGCACCGCUGGAACCUGUGGCAGGCGGACACGCGCAAGUGCUCGAUCCACACGGACAAGUCGCUGGAGAACAGCUCGCACCUCGAGUCGAUCCGGGCGCUGCGCAAGCGGCAGGCCAAGCUGCUCGGCUACGAGUCGUACGUGCACAUGUCGAUGGAGACGAAGAUGGCCGGGUCGGUCGAGGCGGUGCGCAACGCGCUGGACGAGCUGCACCGGUACGCGAAACCGGCCGCCGACGGGGAGCUGUCCACGCUGGAGCGGUUCGCGGGCGAGCAGGGCUUCCGCGGUCCGCUCGACAUCUACGACGUGCCGUACUGGAAGCGGCGCCACCUGGCCACGGUGCACCAGUUCGACCAGGAGGCGCUGAAGGACUACUUUCCGCUGCCGCGCGUCCUCGCCGGGCUGUUCCAGCUGGCCGAGCAGCUGUUCGGCGUGCGCAUCGUCGAGCGGGUCGGCGUGGACGUGUGGCACGAGGACGUGCGGUUCUACGACGUGCUGGAGACGGGGCCGAACGCACCGGCCGACCCGAUCGGGGGCUUCUACACGGAUUUCUACUCGCGCGAGGACGAAAAGCUGGCCGUCGCCGACAAUGCCGGCUGGAUGGUGGGCAUCGGCAGCCGCAGUGCGGCGGCCCCCGGCGCCCGGCCGCUGGCCGCCCUGAUCUGCAACUUCCCGGCGCCACUGUACGGCAAGCCGUCGCUGCUGACGCUGGACGACGUGCAGACGCUGUUCAACCGGUUCGGCAAGGCGCUGCAGCAUCUGCUGACGGUCUGCCGGUACAGCGACGUGGCCGGCCUGUCCAACGUCGAGUGGGACGCGGUCGAGGUGAGCGGGCACGUGCUGACGCACCUGCUGCACGACGCCGGCACGAUACGGGCCAUCUCGGCGCACUACACGAACGAGGACCCGCUGCCGGAACCGUGCGUGGAGGCGAUCCAGCGCCGCCGCACGCACCUCGCCGGCUACCGGCUGUGCCGCGAGCUGUACCUGGCCAAUCUCGACCUGCAGCUGCACCUGACCAGCGACUACUGGCUGGACGUGAUGCGCAAGCUGUACCCGCACUACCACCCGUUCCCGCUCGACCGGAAGGACGCCCAUCCGUGCUCGCUGGUCGCGAUCGCGUCCGGCGACUGGGGCGCCGCCUACUACGGCCACCUCUGGUCGCGCAUGAUCGCGGCCGACGUGUACAGCGCGUUCGCGGAGGCGAAGGAACCGGCCGCCCGGCAGGAGGUGGGCCGCCGGUUCCGCGACACGUUCCUGGCGCUCGGCGGCGGCUGCCAUCCGGGCGAGGUGUUCCGGCGCUUCCGCGGGCGGGAUCCGUCCCCGACCGCCCUGCUCCAGACGCUCGGCAUUUACAAGCCGCAAACGGUGGGCGGCGGUGGUGGAUCCGCCGCGGCACACCCGAAAGCGGCCGGGAAGGAGGAACAGCAGCAGCAGCAGUAGUAGGUGGCGAAAACGGGCAAUCUGCGUUUGCAGAAAAUUUGCAUCCCUUUUUUUUUGUUGUUGUUAAUGUUGGUGUACAAAUAAUCGCACACAGACACA